CUGAGAUGCUCCCACCGUUGCUGUCGCCCGGGCGCAGCUCCCCUUGCAGCUCACGAGCUGCUCAGCUGCGUCUUUAUAAAGCGGAGCAGCGAUCACAUGACCAGUCAUUCGUAUAGACAAGAGCCACACUUCUCUCCCUCCGACACAGCUCGCGAUAGAAGCAAGUCAAAAUUUAGCCGAUUCCGGACCAGCGCUUAGAAAUCCAUCGCUUGUAAGGAAUCUAUCAAGCCAGCAUGAAGCUGCCAACUUUUUUCGGCAAGAAAGUGAAGGCCCCAGCUGCUACGAGGGACCUGAACCCCUAUGCUGGGUUUUUGACAUCCGAUCCACGGUCCGGCACUCCGAGUGCAAAUAAGUCUCUUCAUGCUGCUGCAAUUCAAGCGAGAAAGACCCCUGCUCAAUUCAUCGAGCGGGAUUUCCCUGUCGUGGAUAGAUGCUCCGACGCGGAGCAUCAACAGUUGAUCGAGGCCUUCAAUAUCAUCGACAAGAACGGGGAUGGGAAGAUUUCGCACCAGGAGUUACGAGCCAUGUGGGCGACCCUCGGGGAGAAAGUUACUAACGAGGAGCUUCGUCUUAUGGUUCAGGAGGUCGAUGUGAACGGGGACGGAGAGAUAGAUUUGGGCGAGUUCAUAAUUCUGAAAAGCAAAUUCGGUCUGGGAUCCGAUGAUGUCGAACAACGAUCUGCAGAGCUAAGAAUAGCAUUCAGCAUAGCGGAUGCAGACCGGGACGGCCAUAUUUCAGCUCCUGAUCUGCAGAAGUUGAUGAAACGGCUGGGAAAGAAGAAGGUCACCAUCGCCGAGUGUUCUGUGAUGCUCCAAUGCGUGGAUUCCGACGGUGACAACUUGAUCGACUUUCGGGAAUUUGAGAUCUUGAUGACCUCCGCCAUCUUUUCAAAAAAAUUCUGAGUACAACACACGUGAAGAACAUGCGUCCUCGCACCUUCAAAAUCACAAGCAAGCUACUCCAUUUGCUGGAUGCAGCGUGUCCGGCCGUAUGGCAGGCCUGAAAUUAGUGUAUUUCAGGCUGCCUAACCUCAACGUCAGUGGACCUGUCUAAGACCAGCAAGACCCGAGGAAGCGAGCAGGCUCAGAGUUCCUGUCACAGACGUAGCCGCGCCGCGCGUAGUCCACUUGGAGCUCAACAACUUGGGAUGAACCCGCCGACAUUGUAACAGACUCCAACAUCGAGAAAAUAUGUAUCUCAUGGAGCCUGAAAGUUUUAAGACCUGUCUACAGGAAUCAGCCAUUUAAAGGGGCACAGAUGAAAGAGUGGAUGAUAUUGACAGGCGUUGAAGAUCACUCCGAGAGAUGGAGUCUGGAAGAAUUUAAAUGAUCUGCUGAGGUCUAUCUGUCAAGUAGACAAGAUCCAUGGCGCAGAAUACACACCAGUCUUCCGUGGAUUAUUGAGCUAUCGUUGACAUCUGCUGCACACCGAGUCCCAUCCUCUGGAUCACAUAGGUAGCAAAUACGGGUUUCCAACAGCGGUUGGUUAUACCUCGAGCAGAUAAUUCAUUUGCAGCGCAUUCGGUCCGAGAAAUCCAGACCACAGAUUUAGCUACUUCCUACUAGAUGAGGCCGCUUGAAUUUCAAUCAAGCGAGCGUUUCGAACAAUUGAUUUCUAAUAGUUUCAACUUGUCAGCAUAUACACUGCUGAAACCAGCAGACUGAGAGUCUGCAGAAGAUGUUCUUACAAAUAUGAUGUAAAGAUAGAUUUCCUAUUC